ACUAAAGUUUCCUUAUGUAAAUUCAGACUAAAGCAAUACAGAUAGAUACUCAUGAAUUCGUCUUGGCAAAACAAAUUGAUAAUAUCAGCUGUUAUUUCAUAACCUAACCAAUUUAUUUUGUGCACAUCUUAUUUGCUUAUAAAGUAGAAGAUAGUGAAAUUUGUAGGAAUAUUAAUUGAAUGAAAAUGUUAAGAUUGGGUGUAAAAUUGGAAGCAUGCAGGAAACUGCAAGUGCUUUCUGCACAGCGCAGUAUUUCUACACCACGGUUACAAUCCACUGCAGUGAAAAGCAUACAUAAUGAUUCUGAGUAUGCAGAUGAAGCAAUUUAUCCAGAAAUACAGGAUUUGUCAUUUAAAGCUCGAAAAAAGCGUGAAACUCAAAGUUGGCAUGAUGAAAUAAGGAAAGUACCCACAGUUGAAGAAAAAAUGAUAAAGAUUAAUAUGCCGCGCUAUUAUGGCUUCAAGGUUGUAAAUCUGAAUGACACCAAGUUACCAUACAAUUGUCUGCCUGCUAUUCAGCACUACACACGUACAUUUUACGAGGACAUUAAGAACACAGAAAAUGCUGUGGAAGAUAGUAAACUUUCAGAUAAUCAAAAGUUGGAAGAACAUGUGAACUUAGUAAAAUCAGACGUUAAAGAUGCAAUUGAAUAUGUCUACGAUUAUUUUUGUCAUGAAUACCCUGACACGAAAAAUAUGGAGCCACAAGAACGUGAAAGUGUAUUUGCCAGCCUUGUGGUCGAACAAGUUAACCGGACAUUAAUCAAUGGCUUAUCCAGCGAUUAUAUGCAUCUUCAAGAAGCCGAAAUAGAUUACAGUCCAAGACAUGAAGCUUUUUGGUCAGUAGGUGGAAUAAACCCACCAAAAAACGUGGUCAAAAGCAAGGAGGGUCGGAAAUGGCAAAAGGAAAUGGCAAAUGAACCGUAUGACCGCUUGAUGCAAUACUCUGCAAAACCAUUUCUAGCAAUACGACAACGAAACCAACUCAAACCAUGGAAAAGUGAAUCUGAAUCAACGAAUGUCGGUUUAGCGAAAAGUAUACCUCGUUUUAACUACGAUCCGCGUACUUUAGGAUAUGUUUGUAACCAUCAACAUGUAACAAAUGUACCAGGUUUCUGGCCUGGUAGCCCAAAUAUCUUUGGAAAUAUUUCCUACCAAUCACGUGCUUUUCUACAAAUUCGGCCAGAAUCAUAUGGUGCUGAGGAUUUUCGAGAAGCUUUACAUGCCCAUGCAAUUCAAAGUAGCUACGCAUGGUUAAUGGGACAAGCUAGCUUCAACGGUUUCAAUACUUAUAAUGAUCUUACUUAUCCAAUGAAUACGCAAACCAUAUUGACGAAUGGACGUGAUUGGUCAUUUUACGAAUAUCAAUUGAACACCUUACUUGUGCACUCACACCACGUUGAUGAUAAUCCGAAAGUAAAUUUCUGCCGUGGCACAGCUGAUUUAACGUUGUAUAAUGAAAUAAGUGACACUGGCAAGAUUGGUGACAUUAAUGAGAACGUACUGCGACACCUCAUUCGCUUCUAUACAAAUGUGCCAGAGAUUCAACGCUCUACCAGCGAGUUACAACCCUAUUUAGGUUCAGAUGCUAAGUAUAUAGCAGAUUAUAAAAAUCCCGAUCAGCGGGAAUUUUUGGAACGUACCUUUAAAAAUUUAAUGUCAAAUCGACCACGUCACCUAGCCAUACCUGAAAUCUACCUUUGGGAAAAGAUCUACAAAAUUGAUAACAAAACUAGACCAAUGGAGGCUAAACGCCGCUUCUUUGAGUUGGACAUUAAUCCCUGGUCACGUACAUUAGAUCAACAUCAAAAAGAUUAUAUACCACGAGCCGUUCGCCCAGAAGGCCCCAAGAGCAAAAAGAAGUGGAAGCCGACCUUUUAUCCCUAAUUUAGUUAUUGCAAAUAAUCAAUUUUAUUUAAAUUCUCAAUAAAUCCGUGAAAUAUCUGGGAAAAAA